AUUGGCGCGUGCGCCACUUGGGCGCUAUGGCUGCAGCUGCGGCGGCCGCAGGCCCGCGGCGGGAGGACUCGAGUCCACAGUGGACGCCACCCCCGCGCGAGCCGGUCGGAGCCGGGCUGGGCGACUGCGAGGAUGCACCGGUCCGGCCGCUGGGUAAGCCCCGCGGCAUCUGCUCACGCGCCUACUUUCUGGUGCUGAUGGUGUUCGUGCAUCUGUACCUGGGCAACGUGCUAGCGCUGCUGCUCUUCGUACACUACAGCAACGGUGACGAGAGCAGCGACCCUGGGCCCCAGCGCCGCACCCAGAGCCCCGGACCUGCGCCAACCUUGGCUCCCCUCACCCGGCUCGAGGGCAUCAAGGUGGGUCAUGAGCGCAAGGUCCAGCUGGUUGCCGACAGGGAUCACUUCAUCCGAACCCUCAGCCUCAAGCCGCUGCUCUUCGAAGUCCCUGGCUUCCUGAGUGAUGAGGAGUGUCGGCUCAUCAUCCACCUGGCACAGAUGAAGGGGUUACAGCGCAGCCAGAUCCUGCCCACCGAAGAGUACGAGGAAGCAAUGGGCACAAUGCAGAUCAGCCAGUUGGACCUCUUCCAGCUGCUGGACCAGAACCAUGAUGGUCACCUGCAGCUCCGUGAGGUCCUGGCCCAGACUCGCCUGGGAAAUGGACGGUGGAUGACUCCAGAGAACAUUCAGGAGAUGUACUCUGCGAUCAAGGCUGACCCUGAUGGUGAUGGAGUGCUGAGCCUGCAGGAGUUCUCCGACAUGGACCUUCGGGACUUUCACAAGUACAUGAGGAGCCACAAAGCAGAGUCCAGUGAGCUGGUGCGUAACAGCUACCACACGUGGCUGUACCAGGGUGAAGGUGCCCAUCACGUCAUGCGUGCCGUCCGCCAGAGGGUGCUGCGCCUCACCCGCCUGUCACCUGAGAUCGUGGAGCUCAGCGAGCCGCUGCAGGUCGUGCGGUAUGGCGAGGGAGGCCACUACCAUGCCCAUGUGGACAGCGGGCCUGUGUACCCAGAGACCAUCUGCUCCCAUACCAAGCUGGUAGCCAACGAGUCUGUACCCUUUGAGACCUCCUGCCGCUACAUGACAGUGCUGUUUUAUUUGAACAACGUCACCGGUGGGGGCGAGACUGUCUUCCCUGUAGCAGACAACAGAACCUAUGAUGAAAUGAGUCUGAUUCAGGAUGACAUUGACCUCCGUGACACUCGGAGGCACUGUGACAAGGGGAACCUGCGUGUCAAGCCCCGUCAGGGCACAGCAGUCUUCUGGUACAACUACCUGCCUGAUGGGCAAGGUUGGGUGGGCGAUGUGGACGACUACUCGCUGCACGGGGGCUGCCUGGUCACACGCGGAACUAAAUGGAUUGCCAACAACUGGAUCAACGUGGACCCCAGCCGGGCGCGGCAGGCGCUCUUCCAGCAGGAGAUGGCGCGCCUGGCCCGCGAAGGUGGCGCCGACUCGCAGCCGGAGUGGGCCCUGGACAGGGCCUACCGCAACGCGCGCGUGGAGCUCUGAGGGGAGUGUCCACCCUGAGGUCGGGGCCCUGCCGUCCCUCUGUCUAGCCGCAGGUCAAAGGCCUGGCCAUUGUCUUGCCCCAUUCCUGCCUCCAGCCGCGAUUAGGACACAGCUCCUAUAUCCAUGUUAUUUAUUGUGUACAGACCUAUGCUGCCCCGACAAAUAAAACUACACGGUUUGGAGCUGCA